AUGUGAGUUUAUCAUAAAUAUUUUAAAUUUACAAAAAAAUUUUAAAAAUUUAAAAAUUUACAAUCUGUCUUUGCCAUAGUUAACAAAACAGAUUUGCGAGUGCAAUGUUCCAGUCAUGCUGGUUGGUGAUCCAGCUUAUCCACUCUUGCCAUGGCUGAUGAAGAGGCAUCCUAAUGAUGGCAAUCUCAGUCCUGUACAAAAGAAAUUUAAUUAUCGCCUAAGCCGAGCAAGGCAAGUUGUGGAGUGCGCAUUUGGCCGUUUAAAAAACAGAUUCAGAUGCCUCUUGAAACAAGAAUUAUACAAGUUUAAAAUACUUACCAACGAAAGUUGCAACAUGUUGUGUUUUGCACAAUAUUUGUGAGAUCAGGGCAGACAAGCUUACUGCAGAUUACUUUGAGGAUAUUCCUGAUGAGGAUGUUUCAGAUUUUGCUUUACAGAAUAUAGACACAAGUGCAGAAGAGAUAAGAAAUUCUUUAACUGAAUUUUUUAAAACACAAUAAGUUUACAAACUAUGUUUAAUUUGUAACUAUGUGGAGCACACAAGUUAUAGCCUUCAUAUAAGUUUAGUAUAUAUAUAGCACAUGGAUAACAGUUACUGUGCUAAUAUUUGUUAACAAUAAAAUUAAAAUUUGUAAAAUGUUUGUUGACUGUCAAUAUCAUGGUGAACAUUAUAAUAUGGUUGUUGAACAGGCUGUGACCUCCCUGCAAUUGCAUUUGCAAGAAGUGCCAUUGAAUCUUUGUAUGCGGCAAGCUCUUCCUUUCGCAACUCUCGUUCUUUUGCUCCUUCUUCUUUCAUUUCUGACAAAAACAUUUUGUCAGACUCUUUUAGAUAUGUGUUGUGUUCCUUCAUCGCGUUUUCAAAUGCCACUUGCAUCUUAGAAGGCUUUCCUUUUCCCAUAAUUGGUUUACUUUUCUUGCUGGCAGAUUUGAUAGCCUUUUCACUAUGGGAAGCUUCAGAUUUCUCAUUUGCUUCAUCAUUUUUAUCAUUAAUAUCUACAUAACAACAUAUCUUAUGUUUGUUACCGCAGCUUAAUAAUAAUACAAAAAAUAUGGUACACACACAAUGUCUUAUUACUUACCUGGUUCUAUGUAAUCGCAAUAUGGACACACAAGUUUAUCAUCAUCAGUGUAUACUGCUGUGCUAUUUCCAAUACGAGCACCAGCUGUCAUCACUUCAACCAUCUCAUUGCACUGAGGACAUUUUUUCUCAAUAAUUCUUCCCUCGCCAUACUUUUCAAUAAGUUCGUCACCUAGAAAAAAUGAAACAAAUAUUUCACCUCUAGCCACAAGAAUCAAAAAACAUUUCCAGCCAGCUCCCUCGGUGUAUCAAUCCCGGACCCACCUCCCUGACCUUGCAUGUACAAUUAUGUUUGUUAGGGGCGGACUGAUUAGAAAAUUGAUGUUGGGGGGGAUCGCGCAAAGGAAAACGAAAGGGAAAAAUUCGUGCAAAGAGGGAAAGCAAAGGAAAAUACCUUUAACAUUCCGAGAAAAAAAUUCAGCACAAGGAGACGGCCAGAAAAAAUAUUCCUGGAAGCUGAAAAAUUCCCUCCCCCCCCCCCAUCACUUUUCUAAUGGUCUGCCAAAAUAACUUACCAAGUCCAUCAACACUUGCAGUUUCUGAAAUUUCAGCACCAGCAGAUCUGAGCAUGCAGCAUCACCAGAUGUAUCAAUACUGUUUUUCAGUCCUUCUGCUUCUGGUCGAUCACCCAAAAAACCAUCCAUUAUCUGAAAAAAUUUGGGUUCUUUGCCUCUCCCACCUCCAGAACGCAACAGGUUGUCUUUAAACUUCUUAUAUUCCAACUUCAUGUGUUUAAAUUUAGUCAUGCACUGCAUCCAAUCACGGUGUAUGCCUUUUUUUUCAUAGUAUCGCUGAUUUUUCGAUAAAUAUCGGCAUUUUUGUGCGUACCUUCUAGCUUUUUUUAAAAUUUCUUCCAUCCCAUAUGCUGAAAGAAGUGCUAAACACUCUUUUUCCGACCAUAGUUCACGUUUUUGGGCCAUUUUAAUAACAAAAAAUACUGCUUUCUUCGGCUUUUUUCUGUUUUUUUGUACUGAUAAAAAAUUCCUUCAAAGGCUGCGCGAUUGGCGGGAAGAGCAUGGGAGUUAAACUAUGCUAGAUCGAUGUCUUGCAUUCUUUUGUGUUCACACAUAAACCAGAUCGAUCAGAGAUCGAUCUCACACCACCUUUUCAAGCGGGCUGACUGAGAUCGAUCUCAAAUUUUUAUGACGGUUCACACUUAGCUCGAUUUACUUCAGACCGAUCUCAGAUCGAUCUAAACAACUAGUGUGAACAGGACCUAUAUUAACAUAUUACUGUAAAAUUACAGAUUUCUGUUGAAAUACAGUCUCUGUAAUUUUACAGUAUUUAUUCUGGCAUCCAAGCUGCCAGUACUUUUACUGUGUUUUAGCAUUACGAUGUACUGAAUAUUAGCAGUUCAUUGUACGGUGAUUUGGCAGUACAAUAUACUGUAUAUUAGCAGCUCAUUGUACUGUAAUUUAGCAGUUCAAUGUACUGUAUAUUAGCAGUUUAUUGUACUGUGAUUUGGCAGUACAAUGUACUGUAUAUCAGCACUACGUUCUACUGAAUAUUAACAGUACUUUCCCGGUUACACAUUAACAAAAUAUUCCUGUAAAAUUACAGUUUUCUGUUAAAAUACAGUCUCUGCAAUUUUACAGUAUUUGUUCUGGCGUCCAAGCUGCCAGUACUUUUACUGUGUUUUAGCAUUACCAUGUACUGAAUAUUAGCAGUUCAUUGUAUAUUAGCAGCUCAUUGUACUGUAAUUUAGCAGUUCAAUGUACUGUAUAUUAGCAGUUUAUUGUACUGUGAUUUGGCAGUACAAUGUACUGUAUAUCAGCACUACGUUCUACUGAAUAUUAACAGUACUUUCCCGGUUACACAUUAACAAAAUAUUCCUGUAAAAUUACAGUUUUCUGUUAAAAUACAGUCUCUGCAAUUUUACAGUAUUUGUUCUGGCGUCCAAGCUGCCAGUACUUUUACUGUGUUUUAGCAUUACCAUGUACUGAAUAUUAGCAGUUCAUUGUAUAUUAGCAGCUCAUUGUACUGUAAUUUAGCAGUUCAAUGUACUGUAUAUUAGCAGUUUAUUGUACUGUGAUUUGGCAGUACAAUGUACUGUAUAUCAGCACUACGUUCUACUGAAUAUUAACAGUACUUUCCCGGUUACACAUUAACAAAAUAUUCCUGUAAAAUUACAGUUUUCUGUUAAAAUACAGUCUCUGCAAUUUUACAGUAUUUGUUCUGGCGUCCAAGCUGCCAGUACUUUUACUGUGUUUUAGCAUUACCAUGUACUGAAUAUUAGCAGUUCAUUGUAUAUUAGCAGCUCAUUGUACUGUAAUUUAGCAGUUCAAUGUACUGUAUAUUAGCAGUUUAUUGUACUGUGAUUUGGCAGUACAAUGUACUGUAUAUUAGCACUACAUUCUACUGUAUAUUAACGGUACUUUCCUGGUUACACAUUAACAUAAUAUUCCUGUAAAAUUACAGUUUUCUGUUAAAAUACAGUCUGUAAUUUUACAGUAUUUGUUCUGGUGUCCAAGCUGCCAGUACUUUUUACUGUAAAAUAACAGAGAUUUUUUUAACAGUGUAGAAUGUCCAAAAUCGGCCCAAAAUGGCAACAAAUGGCAAGAUUACAAAUACAAAACCAAAACCAAUGGAGUGGACAGAAGACCACAACUUGUUGUUGAUGAGAGAAAUGAUGAUUAGCGAUCACUUUCUCAAUAAGAAGGGGAGUCCUGAUAGAGGCUUAGUCUGGGAUUCCAUAGUAGUAAAAACUUCGGAGGCCUUUCAGAGGUCGUCGGACAUACUUUCACUCAAACUUGUUAAGUUAUGAUGUAGGUUUUAACUGCCAGGUAGAGAAGUAAGAACUUCAUAUCAAACUUUGUGUUAAGAAAAAGUCGUAUCGUAUUGUGUGUGUCAUAUUUCCAACCUUUGCCUAUACAAAUCACCUCAAAAUUUGAUGUUUUUCACUUACGUUUGCUCUACAAUUAUAUUUGUUUUCAGUUACCUAUGGUAUAGGAAAGAAUAAGCCUUUGGACGUCUUUUGAAUGUACUUUUAUGGGAAAAUAAUACUUAAUUCGAAGGGCACUUUUCGUUUGAUUAUGGGCUAUUUGUUAGAAUUUACAUAGGAAAUUCGCCUCACAUGCGGUGUCUGUUGAAGAAAACUGGCAGUAGGCCUUCUACGCAGGUCUUUAACUCCAGUUACUGCCAAAUCUUGGCGCAUUUUGAUAGCAAAUUCAUGUUUAUUCAUGGUGAUUUAGGAAGGGCAAAAUGAGUGCAAAGAUGUGGGUUUUGCUUGUGUUUACAAGCUCGUUAAUAAUUCACUUGGUCUCGGCUGCAGGAGAUGGUGAAAGGACUUCUGCUCAGACUAAUCUACCUUACAUUGUACACCAGAUAAGCAAGUAAUUGUUGAACAAUUGUAAUGAUUUUGCAUUAUAGUAAAAUGUACUUUUUAGUAUUCUGCCUCAUAAUUGAAGUUUAUGCUUGGGAAAUGCUUCUUAGUAUUAAAUAUACAUUUUCUGAUUAAUACCGUAUAGUUAUUGAUUUACACUAUGGCAUGAGUACAAACGACAAGAGGAUCAAAGUCAUGAUUCAUGGUUGGCCAUUGUUGUCAAUCGUAUUCUUCUGGAAUCAGGCAUACAUGGUGUUACACUUCGCACUUGGUUGCUUAAAGCAUUUUCGAAAAAGACUUCUAGUCUAUGCGCUGCUUGGAAACAUGUGAAAGGUGGGAAACCGGCAGUUAGACUUUUAAGUACCUGGAGGAACUCAUCCUCUAGUGUCACAAUAUAUCAUGAUGAACUUGCAACUGAAAAAGGUUGACAAGUCGAGAAAGUUUAACGACCUCCAGUCAAUGAAACCUGUAUUACCUCAAUGGGCACAUAGAUUUUAUGACGCGCUUCCUCACGAUAGUGAAUAAGGAAAAGAACUCUUGUGCUUCAGAGCAUUUAACAUUUCAUGUUACCUUCGUGAAGAUACCAAAAACUGCCUAUCUCACACUUGUUAAACAAUAUAUCUGCCUAUGUCAUUUUUGACCUGUUUGUAACAAAAUUUAGCACUUGCUAAGUUAGGUGUUUUAUUUGUGUUGAUUUUGAUAAGAGUUGUACAAAAAAUUAUUAAAGAAUACAGGUUUUAAAAAAUUUUAUAAUUAUUUCUUGUGUUAUCUCAAAAUAACUAAAUGUUGACUUAGGCAAUAAUGUUAGUAAGGUGUCGAUAUAGUAAAAUGUACUUUUUAGUAUUCUGCCUCAUAAUUGAAGUUUAUGCUUGGGAAAUGCUUCUUAGUAUUAAAUAUACAUUUUCUGAUUAAUACCGUAUAGUUACUUGAUUUACACUAUGGCAUGAGUACAAACGACAAGAGGAUCAAAGUCAUGAUUUGUGGUUGGCCAUUGUUGUCAAUCAUAUUCUUCUGGAAUCAGGCAUACGUGGUGUUACACUUCGCACUUGGUUGCUUAAAGCAUUUUCGAAAAAGAUUUCUAGUCUAUGCGCUGCUUGGAAACGUGUGAAAGGUGGGAAACCGGCAGUUUAGACUUUUAAAUACCUGGAGGAACUCAUCCUAUAGUAUCACAAUAUAUCGUGAUGAACUUGCAACUGAAAACGGUUGACAGCGAAUAAGAAGGUGAGAGGUCCAUCAAAGAAAAGCUUCAUCAAGUACUCGAAGCAACAUCAAAGGUGAAUAAGGAAACAAUUAAAAGACCAAUGUGAAACUGCCUUGUCCUUCGUCAGCCAUUACCAAUUUGUUCCUUCAAGGGUUGAGUUAUGCAAUGUGGACACUGGGGAAGUUGAAAGUUUUACCUUUAAUACUGAAGAUCCAGUGGGUGAUGAGAAUGAAGAAGAGAAAGAAAUGGAAGUUGAAGUCAAUAAUUUGAAUAUGUGGCUCUACCUUAAAGACCGGUGGUUUAACAUUUCAAAUGAGGCGUAGCAUGAGUUAGCCAUGAACUCUGAAGAUCCCCUUUGUUUGAAUAAGCUCAUUAAGCACAUGAACAAAUUAAACAGUAAAUGGGACUUAAAGCCUACCCCCGGAGACACAGAAAUAAUACAAACUAGUUUUAGAAAAAGUUUUUCAGAACAAAUUAGGCGACUAAGCGGCUCUGGCACACUGAAACCUGGAGACAUGCAGUAUUAAAAGAAAAGCUAUGAUGCUUUGUCAGUUGGUUUGUUGGAUUUAAUUAAAGAAAUGGCAGAGAGCAAAAUGAUAAAAGUAGAUGAUUUACUUUAACAUUUAUGAAAUUGAAUAUUUCCUUGGUAGAGAUUGGAAGUUUUUGGCUUCUGUUUGUGGGAUUGGGGCUGCUAAUGCUGACUAUGCUUGCAUUUGGUGCAAGUGCCCAAAAUUGCAGAGGUAUAACACAAAUAAAGUCUGGUCUAUCCUGGAUCCAAAGUUUGGAGCCACAACAUUGAAAGAAAUAAGGGACAAUUCGAAAUCACAGAAAUAUAAUUGCAACCACGCACCCUUAUUUCCAUUUAUACCCCUCAGUCAUGUGAUUAUUGACACACUCCACCUUUACCUGUGGAUAUGCAAUAAUCUUAUAAAGUUACUUAUUUGAAAAUUGAGAGUUUGUGAUGCAAUUGACAAAAAGAAGACAUUUACAGACAACGUUGCAAGGAAUAAAUACAAGUAUAUGGCUGGGUAUGAAAGUUAUCUCCAAAGUCUAGGAAUACCAUUUCACUUUUAUGUGAGCAAAGAAUCCAAGCAAUUGGACUAUCGAGAUUUAAUUGGGCCCAAGAAAGUAAAACUCUUUAAGCAAUAUUCAAAUUUCUUCACUUUUGCCAAAUUCACCUGAUAACGAAAUUGUUCAACAAAUUUGGAAUGACUUUCGCGACAUCGCAAAUGAUCUUAAACAAGACUUUACGUUUGACGAGGCAAACAGUUUUAAGACUGAGGUCAAAAGCUGGCUGACAAAAUUUCUUGUUGUCUACCAAACAAAGGAUGUCACACUGUACAUGCAUGCCCUCUGUUCACAUGUUCCUGAGUUUCUUGCCCUGUAUGGCAACAUAGAAUACCUCACACAACAAGGCAUGGAAAAAUAUAAUGACAUAACAUCCAAGAACUUCAGAUCAACAAAUCAUAGGUGUUUCUGCCAACUUUUCCUUAAAAGAAACCGAGUACAGUUCCAAGAGGCAGCUGGGUGUGCUAGGGUGAAAAGAACUUAUACCUGCUCGAACUGUAAUUUUAGAUAGAUAGAUAGAUAGAUAGAUAGUUUAAUUAAUUAAAAACAUUACAACCCACGGGUUGAAUUACGCUUGUAACUUUACAAUAAAUAUUUACUUUAUCUAACAUACAUUGUAGAAUUAUGUUGUAUAAAACUAUUUUAAAUCUAUUCGUCCUACUAAUAGAAACGUUGAAAAUGUUCUCUUUCCUUAUAUAAAUAUUUACUUUAUCUAAAAUACAUUGUAGAAUUAUGCUGUAUAAAACUAUUUUUAAGUCUAUUCGUCCUACCAAUAGAAACGUUAAAAAUGUUCUCUUUCCUUAUAUUAUAAUUUGAAAAGUUCUUACUUGGUAGUAAUUGGUAAAGCUUAUAACUUUCGUCAUUUGCAAUAUCAUUAAAUAGUUUAGUAGUUAGGAUUUGUCUUCUAUUAAAUAAUGAGUCAACUCCCGCUUCUACCAAAGCUUCUGCAUAAGGUAACGUUGGGAAGAUUAUAUGAAGGGCUCGCUUCUGUAACUUCUCCAGAUCUUCGCAUAGGUAAUUGGGUAAGGAGUCGUGGAAAACGGGACAAGCAUAUUCCAUCACAGGACGCACACAGGUCAGGUAAAAUGUUAGCAAGUCCUUUCUACAGAUUUUUGUUCUUUUUAGUUGACAAAGAAAGAAGAGUCUUGUUGAAACUUUCUUUAUAAUCUCUGAGAUGUGGGUAUUCCAUUUAAGGUCGUUCGUAAUUCGCAUGCCCAAUAUCUUUGCAGAAGGGACAACUUCGAUUGGUUUAUUAUUAACAUACACGGGUGUAAACGUACGCCGGGUCUUGCAAAGGUAAUUUGAAGCUCUUUGCAUUUCUCUUCGUUUAACUGAAAUUUAUUUGCAGUUGAUUUCCUUAUAAACUCGUCUACCUGAGAUUGGAUGCUGCUGGUUUCAUGUUUAAGGACAAUCUCGGAGAUUGUAGUAUCGUCCACAUACUUCCAUAAAUCUAUAUCCGCUACUUUUAGGUCAAUUAUCAUUAUAGCAAAAAGCCAAGGACCCAAUUUAGUCCCUUGAAGGACGCCUGCCGGAACCAAACCCCAUUCGGAGUGACAAUCUUGGCUUAACUUGACGAGCUGUUUACGGUCUUUGAGAAAAUUAACGAUCCACCCAAUUAUUCGCUUUGGUAUUUCAAAGGUAGUAAGCUUGUCUACGAGAAUACCAUGAUCGAUUAAGUCAAAGGCUUUUUUGAAUCAAAAAGGACAACCCGCACCAUAGAACCGUUUCCGUCCGUUUGUUUUUUUCCACUUAUGUAUCAUGCUUAUUAGCGCAUGAGUCGUUGAUGAUUUGGGAAUCGUUCCAAAUUGAUUUGUGUCAAUCUUACUAAGGACAGCAGGUUUAACAAAAUUUUCGACAACGAAAUCCUCCGCCACCUUUGAAACAACAGAUGUUAAUGAAAUGGGACGUAGGUGCUUAUUCACGUCUUUUACCGGUUUCUGCUUUGGAAGAGGAACAAUAUCCGCUUCUUUCCACGACUGCGGAAGACAGCCAUUUCUAUACGAAAGAUUCAAAAUCUCUUUUACAGGAUCGGCCAGUAGAUCAGCAUUUUCCUUUAGAACCCAGCUGGGUAUCCCAUCUGGACCACUGGCCUUGGCUGGAUUCAUUUUUGACAAUUUCAUAAAGACCUCCUGCUCCGUAACCGUAAAACCAGGUUCAUCGCUGCCGAAAUUGGUACAAGCGAAAAAGUCACUGGCUAAAGGGGAGAAGUUAUUCAUAGGAGAAAGAAAGAUUCCAUUGAUAAUGUUGGCAAGAUGUUUGGUACUAGUAGCUGUCUCAUUUAGAUUUUCUAACGACUUAUACACCUCAUUUUUAGAGUUGAAAGCCGAGUUCAUUCCACUCAAUUUCUUGACUUCUCUCCACCAGUCGGAAGAUUUGCAACUUUUUAGAUGUUUGACCUUCAAUAUACAAUUAUACAAUUAAGACAUGCACUGCUGAAUGUAGUAAGUGUAAGUAUAAAACAUGUUGUGCACAUCUCACUAACAUUGCUGGGAAAGAUCAGCCUAAUUGUUUUAUGGCUUAAUUUCAAACAUGGUACAGGAUAUAUUUAAAUGUUGAUUGCUAAAAAGGACAAAAGGGAGUAUAAUGUUGAAAACCCAGGUCUCAAUUUUUAAUAUAGUAUAAUAAUCAGUAUUGAAAGAGAAUAUUUUGAUCUAACAUAUGUACAUAUUUUUUUAACAUAAAAUUGUUUUUGCACCCAAUUGUUUAUUAAAUAAUAAAUACUGAUCCUAAAUAAAAUAUAAAUGUUAAUGUCUUUGUUCAUAUUGAAGCCUGUUUCUGUCCCCUCUUACAAACAUAAAUAUGACGUGGUAUGAGCCUUCAAUCUCUGACUUGACAUAUUUGCUGAGCCAAUACUCAACAGUUUGUUCAAUGACAUAGUCAAAAUCUCCAUUUGGGUUGUAUAUCCGCUCAUCCCACCUCAAUCCCAGAGCAUCGUCAAGAACUUUGUUCAAUGCAUGUUGUAAACCGACCUGCCUCUCUCCAUAACAUGUUCUACUAAGCCGCCAAGUACCACAGUAAAUACAACUGGUGACGCAUCAACCUCAAUUCGAACAAUUGGGUCGUCUCGUCUAAAAGAAUACAACUUUCGCUUUAUUUCCCUGUAAAGUAAAUUCUUAAACAACUCCGCUGGUUCAUUCAGUGACUCCUCGGACAGUGCUGGCAUAAUCUCUUGUCUUAUAAAAGGGAAAUAUGCUUGCUCGUAAGUCUGUCACCGUAAGGUCUCCACUCGUCAUAUUUCUUGCUGUAUCCCUUGUAGUGAAUGUGCACCAAGUUUCUAUCGCGAUCUACUCCCUGUACUUCAAUCUCGUAAAGAUUAUUAUCCAUUUGGACGAAGGCCUAGGAGUGUAGUCACUGUACUCUUCGGCAAAAUGUAUCGGCUGACACAAAGUUCGCUUAGGUCUUUGCGCCAUCUUGUUUACAUAUAUUAAGUGUCAUAUUGCAUGUCAUUCACUGCAUGCGGGGCACUGGACACAAGUUGACUCAAAUGUUCGUGAUAGUAUGUUUGAUAUGUGUAGCGUAGAUACUGUACCAUGCAUUAAACAUACUCUUAAUAAACUUAUUAUUAUAAUAUUAUUUUUAAUCUAGUUUUCCGUGAAAUUGUUUUUUGUGAAAUGGUUUUUUUUGUGAAAUGGUCUUUUCUGAAUUGUGAAUUUUUUUUUCGUUGUGAAACAUGAUCCAACCCCCCCCCCCUCCCCCUUCCCACCCUCUUAUUUCUUUUAUAGAGUAUCCUGAUCUGAUGUUCGUACAGUAUUUGUUUAAAGAAGAAAAACACCAAGUUUUCCCAUCUGUUCACGAAAAUUCUAUGAAAAGCCAUUCCUCUGUUUAUGCAAGAAAACAAAGUACCGUGAAAUCUUUGAAAAGAAAGGCAAUGACACAAACUCCCAAGGAAUCGAGCACAGGUAAAGCAUCUCAGGCAUAGCCAUUCAGCUCAGAAAAAAUAGAUUCUUUGGUCAUUCUGCUGGAGCAAUGCAAACAACAACUGCAACAGGACGAACAACCGUUCAUCUGAAGUUGUUGGUGCACCUGAACUCAGUUGGGCCACCAUGUUGACUUCGUGGCCAAAUAUUAGACUGUGUUGUAUCACUGCAUUUAACACCAAUGCAAAUAUUGUAUAGCUACUACCAAACGCCCUGGUAGAUAUUGAUUAAACAUAGACUUCUCAAUUAAACUCAAUUUCUGUGAUGAAUUGUUAUGAUUGACAUGAUAUAUUGAAAACCGAAAAUGAACAUAUUUUUACAGGACUUGUCGACUGUGAACGUGAAGAUGGUAUAAGAUCGAAGUUGCUAUCUUUCAAGGUGAAGUGGGACAAUUUGAAGAAUCUAUAUCUCCUGAAAGACCAACAAGUAUCUCGACUGUUCAAUGGGAAAAACCUUGCCGUGAUAUUCUUUUAAAUCCAUUUAAAAAUUGCUUGGACUCGUAGACAGUUAUGCAGAGUGGAUGAACAUAUUUCAUCUUUGAAUGAAGAACUGUGGAUGACUUUAAAUGAAGAACACUAUGCAACGGCUAAAACAAUGAUCUCUGCAUCUUCUAUGAAUACUUUCAACAAAGCAUGUUCCACUCAGAUUGCCAGUUCACAAAAUUGACGUCCUUUCAUCGGAUGCAUCGCAGACAAGAAGAUUUGGCCAGUCAUCCAUUACAACGCACUGUUAUCAAUAUGAGUGCUAGAAGACUUACGCCGGUUGAAGAAGAUGUCUUGGCUCUUGGAUUAAAUUUCGCUGUGGUACCCUGUGUUCUUCCUAAAGAAGAAUUUGUACAACGUUUGGAACCAAAGUUAUACCACAUGACGAACGAUGCAGCGAGUAACAUCUGCAUCCAACUCACUGAGGUUCUACAACGUGCAACGCUACCAGCUUCGAAUUUAACCAAGAAUAAGAAGGAUGCAUUGAAAAACUUAAGAGCAGAUAAGGGUAACGCUACGGUUAUUUUAGAUUGUCUAGAAUAUGAUAAUAAAAUCUUGGCUCUUUUAAACACUUCAACUUAUAAAGAACUUAAAAGAGACCCUACAGCUAACAUUGAAUGUAAAAUAUGUUCCAAACUAUCUGGUUUUAAAAAGGCAGGUAUUUUGUCUCAAACACUUCAUAACUGUUUGAGAACUUCAGCUACUGUUUGUCCAAAAUUUUAUGGUUUACCUAAGAUACAUAAACCUAAUGUCCCACUAAGACCUAUUGUAUUGUAACGACUCGCCCAAAACUAUGUGUUUCCCGUAUAUUUUGAACGUUUGUGACAGCAGCAGGUAUGUUUUCACGUUAUAUCACUUACUUCAGCAUUUAUUUCCUUAAAUAUUUUGUAAUCUGACUUAAGAAUAUUUUAAUAAUAUUAUGUUACUUUUUGUUUUAUUAUUGUUUCGAUUCAUAUGGAUGAAUAGGUUUUAAUCUUUUCUUUUAUCGCUUUAUAAUCGUGGCGCAUGCAGUGGUACAAAAUGGUGGAAUGUAUACAGUCAGUUCAAACUUAUAUAUUUCGUCAUUUGUGUGUUGUUGACUGUGUAAAUUUCUGGAAAAAACAGAGCUUCACCUUUAAUUGAUUAAGAGUCUAAUCUUUCUUCUCGUUAGUUUCAGGUAGCAUUUUAAUAACUUGUCAGCUGAGCUACUCAACAGUCAGAAUACCAUGCCAUUUCGAUGGCCAGAUUUGAGGCACAACCUUGCACUGGCAAACAAAGUCAUUAAAAGUAGACCUGAAAAGCCGUCGGAUUGGCAAAAGAUAGCUGAAGGGUUGAGUGGUUUGUUCGGCACAUGGUCCCCAGAUAUACCUGUAGAUUUGAAAGGAAGAGGAUGUAGAGAACGAAGUGAUCGACUUCUAGCAAAGCACAAGAAUGAUGAAGCUAAAGCUCUGAAAAGGUAAAGGCAAUGUUUGAACUUUUAAUGUUUACUUUUAUGUUUGGCUUGUCCUGUAGAUGCCUGUGUUGCCUGCAUAUCACAUUCUAUGAAAAUAUAGUUUGAUAAUUUAAGAGGUUAUAUUUUGUAAAUAUAGCAGCUGUUUUCUUGGCAAAGUGGUAUUUUUAUCCCAAUUUUGAGGCUCCUAAAAACUGAUUCAGAAUCUUUCCUCUCUGCACGUUGAUAUCCUCCACAAAUUUGCGGGGGGGGGACCUUUUUGCUCAUUUUUAGUUCAUGCAUGUAGAGGGCCCUACUCCAAGAUAUAGCAUGGGACUUGCAAAAAUGUUUGCUUUGGGACCUGCAAUUUCUCUUGUCAGCCCUGCUGGUUCCUGGGAUGCAUAUCACGUUAGAUCUCAUUUUAUGGAUUGUAAUCGGUUGGUGUUACCACCUCAUGCCCAUAAAUGGUGGAUAGGCAUUGCCUGCUACCAUUUACAGGAAUAUGAACCCAUUAAACUGCAUUGUGGCCUAGGGAUGGAUCCAGCAUGAUCUGAUAAGGGUGUGUGUGCUCUGCCAGCUCUGGUGCCGAGUUGUGUUGGUCAUGUGUGUCGCCCGUCCAUCAACUUGCUUGACUACUGUAUUUGAAUUGUAAUUGUUGUUCACAGUUCACUUAUGUUGUUACUCAAAUUACUCUAUCUCAUUUUGUCUCUAAUAUUUUUUGCUUUAUCAUGAAAAAUAGCAUCCCCCUGGCCAGGCCUAGGGGGGUGCACCCCCCAAUAAAUCCAUGCUGUUGUCAACAAUUUAUAAGAAAUUAAUAGACUUAUUACUUAUUCACUAAUUUCUUUUGAUCUCUCCUCCUAUUAGGUCAGGCACUGAGGAAGAUUAUUCAGAGCUUAGUCAGCUCUUAGAUGACAUUGCCACUUAUAAAGAAGACAUACAGAAUGCAAGAAUCAAAGAGAAGAAGCAAACAGGGAACAAGCAUUGUAUAGUAAGAUUUAACAAUUUUUUCAACCAAUUGUUAUAUUAGUGUUUGUUGUAACAACAACAGAAACAUUACAUGCCAAACUUAAUUCGUGAAAAUGGUUAUUUGUUAUUACUCUAGAAAGGAAAAGAGGGAAUUCUUACAGUGAAAUUUCUAGUUCCUCAGAUGACGACGGAAGUACAUCUUCCAAUAAUGCAACAAAAGGUAAGAUAUGUUUGGAUACAUUUCCAGACUAAUAGCUGGCUUUACGCAUUGAAGGACUAACCUCCGAAAUGCAACUGACAUCAUAACUUAACAAGUCGUUCUCAGCUUGACCUUGUAGCUCAGACGGUAGAGCAUCGUUCUAGAAAUGCGAAGGUCUCGGGUUCGAAUCCCAGCCGUGGUCAAGUAGAAUUUUCUGCUUGCCGGUUUGGUAUACACUUGUCUGAAAACAACUCAAAAACUGCUACAUAACAUUACACAAGUGGAAUCGUAAACGUGGGAAACCACAACAUAUAUAUAUAUAUAUAUAUCAUAUUAAUAAUGUAUCUACAAUUCCUAUAUGCCCUUAAUACAACUCGUACAUAAGUCGGCAGCUAAAUUACUGAUUAUUAUUAUUAUUGUUUCAGGAAAAUAAAUCAGACAUUCAAAUUCCAAUUUCAAACUCUUUCUCAAUUUUAGAAGAUGAAUUAGUAAAUUAA